UGAAAUAAAGGCGCGAGGGCACGAAUCCUCUUGAGGUUUUUCAUACCUCAUUGAGGUCUAUCUAUCACCAAAAGAUGGGAUCUAAAUCGCUUAAUCACCUAAAUAUGUUCCCUCGUAAGUCGAGUAAUGAUAAUUCUAUUCUGUCUCGUCUUUCAUAUCACAAUUAUUGUGUUCAGACGAAUAUCAGUGUGAAAAAUUCUGUUCUUCUCGGUUCAAAGAAUACAAAUAUAUCUGUGCAGAAUCUUUUGCUGAAUUUAUUUGUCCAAGACCGAAGGACCAGUAUUAAUUAUUCGACAUAUUUUCAGCAAUGUUCUCCUUCAUUUUGCACUUACACAACAACGGACGAAAGCAAUAUUUCCUAUACAAUUACGUUCAAUGAUCACUCUUUUUCUAUACACUACACUCACCAGUCGCCUAACCAUCGUCAACAUUCGUCAUCCGCCAUUAAACGCUUCCAGUAACUUACAGGUCUUAUACUUCGAUACACUUCGAUGUCCCUGUACCAAUACGAACACAUUGUAUCGCACAUUCCUCUCAUUAUCUCCAGUAUUCCAUCAAUUGUUAUCUAGUCUUUGUCAAUUUGCAAAUCAAACAGCUAAUGAUGCAAUUCGUCGUUUUCUCGCUAGAUCGUUUAUUACUUCGAAUGUAUUGACCGAAUUCGAUUUUCAAAAGCAGAUAAAUACCAUUUUGACUGAAUUUCUACAAUUAGCAGUUAUCUACUUUGACCUUUUUGUCGAAACAACAGAUCUUCUUUUACAAAUCGAUCAACCAUUUAUGGGAUCACUGUACAAUACCUAUGUUAAAGGAGAUGGAACCUUACUCUUCACUCCAUUAGAACUUGAAGUAAAUGGUUCAAGGACCACUCAGUUAAUUCUGCAUAUGUAUGGCACCCGUGACGUCUAUACAGGAACGAUUAGUUAUAUCUGCGCAACUGAUCCUUCUUGUCGAAACGCGAUGGCUAUCUACAACGACGAACUUGAUGAUUACACAGCCGAUCCUGUCCGUGUCAACUAUGUAGUGCCAGGUUUCCGUGCAGCUUGUUUCCUCUUGAAAUCUCUUCGUCUCUCAAUUCUCGAAUGUUCAUAUUCUACUUCGGAAUGUUUCCCGAUUCUAAUGAAUUACAUUCACGAGAUAUAUACUUUUAAUGUUGAAGGUCCGGUGUGGUUCGAUGCUCGAGCUCUUGUUUUCAAUUCCACAUCGAGUAAAUUUCCUCAAAAGAUCGAAAUAUCAAAAAUAAUCAGUGAAAUCAUGGUCGAAGAAUGGAAUCCCUAUAUCUUCUAUAAGCAUUUUUACGAAUCAUGUGCACGUAGUCAUUGUUCUUAUUCCGAAAAAGUCCACACAAAGACGGCGUCCACAAUUGUCAUCACUUUAGUAUCCGUGAUUGGUAGUGCUAGUUUUCUAUUGCAUUUACUAACACCUUACCUUGUCAAGCUUUUGAUUCGUUUAUUCACAAGGAGGAAACGAAGACCACAGCAACAAGCCCGAAGGGAAUUAUUCAAAUAUUUUAAGAUCAUCAUACAAGAGCAGACCGUACGGUUGUACAAUACUGCAGUCGAUCUCAACAUAUUUCUUGUGCGCCAUUUUGGAAAUAACAUCAGUUGCGCUACAGCCAAACGUCUCGAUCAAUGGGCUACCCGCUUGUUCCUUCUGUUACUCGUUGUUGUGCUCGUGAUCACGGCUCUAUAUAUGCUUAUUCAGUCACAAGCGCUUACGAAAACUUUCGAUAAGCCAUCCUUCGAUUUCUACACGCAGCUGAAGUGUCCAUGUUCGUCGGUGGCAUCGAUUUAUAAUCAAUUUCUUAGUAUUGAUCUUGAUUUUCAUCAGGUAAUUCCAGAUUAG